GGAGAAAGGGGUGGGGUGGGGGGGCAGUGGGAGCCAGCGUCCAGAGUGCCAGGGACCGAGCAGGGUCAGCCGGACCCCUGGCGGGGUGACCGGGAAAGGCUAUUGGACCAGCCUUUGGCAGAGGCACUACACCUUUUCCAGACCCCCAAGACCUGUUCACCUCUGCCACGUGAGGCCUGAGGGAAUGCUGGCUGCUCUUUGGUUGGGCAUUGGUGCUUCUGAACCAAGCUGGGAAGAUUGGCGGGCCCAGCCCUGGCCCAUCCCAGGGCCGUCGGAAGCUGCAGGCUGAUUUCUGUGCAGAUUUCCACACAGCCUCCACCCCCUCAGAGACUGGCUUUCCUGCUUGUGGUGGCAGCGCACAAAGCACCUUGAGGGUGUAUCCAUCAGCAUCUGGCCAAGAGCUCACUGCCUGGGACAACAGACGUUUUCCCCAGGACCCAGAACCCUCCAAGGGGCUAAGGCAUGGCUCGCUGACACACAGUUGGACCAGUCUCCCUGCUUUUCACUGAAUUCCUGAGCUUAGAGCCCUGGCCCAGCUGCCAGCAUGGGUCGAGAACAGGACCUUAUCGUUGCUGUCAAGAAUGGAGAUGUGACCUGUGUCCAGAAACUGGUGGCCAAGGUCAAGGCUUCAAAGACAAAGCUCCUUGGCAGCACGAAGAGACUCAAUGUCAACUACCAGGAUGCUGAUGGAUUCUCUGCUCUCCACCAUGCCGCCUUGGGAGGUAGCCUGGAGCUCAUAGCCUUACUGCUGGAGGCUCAGGCCACCGUUGACAUCAAAGACAGCAAUGGUAUGCGUCCACUGCACUACGCAGCCUGGCAGGGCCGGUUGGAGCCUGUGAGGCUGCUGCUGCGGGCCUCUGCGGCUGUCAACACUGCCUCACUGGACGGGCAGAUCCCUCUGCACCUGGCCGCACAGUACGGACACUAUGAGGUGUCAGAAAUGCUCCUCCAGCAUCAGUCCAACCCAUGCCUAGUCAACAAGGCCAAGAAGACACCUCUGGACCUGGCCUGUGAAUUCGGGCGGCUCAAGGUGGCCCAGCUGCUACUGAACAGCCACUUAUGUGUGGCGUUACUGGAAGGUGAGGCCAAGGACCCAUGUGACCCCAACUACACUACGCCACUGCAUUUGGCUGCUAAGAAUGGCCACAGAGAAGUCAUCAGGCAACUCCUGAGAGCUGGGAUUGAGAUCAACCGUCAGACCAAGACAGGCACGGCGCUCCAUGAGGCUGCAUUAUAUGGCAAGACCGAGGUGGUGCGGCUGCUCCUGGAGGGAGGCGUAGACGUGAACAUCCGGAACACAUAUAACCAGACUGCACUGGACAUUGUGAACCAAUUCACCACCUCCCAGGCCAGCCGGGAGAUCAAGCAGCUACUUCGGGAAGCUUCGGGGAUCCUGAAGGUCCGAGCGCUCAAGGAUUUCUGGAACCUCCAUGAUCCCACUGCUCUCAAUGUCCGAGCAGGGGAUGUCAUCACGGUGCUUGAACAGCAUCCAGAUGGCCGCUGGAAGGGCCACAUCCAUGAGAGCCAAAGAGGCACAGACCGCGUGGGCUACUUCCCACCAGGCAUCGUGGAGGUGGUCAGCAAGCGGGUGGGCAUCCCUGUGCCCCGUCUUCCCUCUGCGUCCACCCCCUUGCGCCCAGGCUUCUCCCGGACACCACAGCUUCCUGUCGAUGACCCCCUGCACUCUCUUACCUAUGGCCAGCUCCCUCGGGUGGGCCUCAGCCCAGACAGCCCAGCAGGUGACAGGAAUAGCGUGGGCAGUGAGGGCAGUGUGGGCAGCAUCCGCAGUGCUGGCAGCGGGCAGAGUUCCGAGGGCACCAAUGGCCACAGCACUGGCCUCCUUAUUGAGAAUGCCCAGCCGCUGCCCUCUGCCGGAGAGGACCAGGUGCUGCCAAGACUGCACGCCCCACCUCUGGCAGACAACCUGGGCCACCGCCCUCUGGCCAGCCACCGCUCUGGGGAGAUCUUCACCCAGGAUGUGAGGCCUGAGCAGCUGCUGGAAGGGAAGGAUGCACAGGCCAUUCAUAACUGGCUGAGCGAAUUCCAGCUGGAGGGCUACACUGCCCAUUUUCUUCAGGCUGGCUAUGACGUGCCAACCAUCAGUCGCAUGACGCCUGAGGAUUUGACAGCCAUUGGAGUGACCAAGCCUGGGCACAGGAAGAAGAUCGCUUCAGAGAUUGCCCAGCUCAGCAUCUCCGAAUGGCUGCCCAGUUACAUCCCGACGGACCUGCUGGAGUGGCUGUGUGCACUCGGGCUGCCACAGUAUCACAAGCAGCUGGUGAGCAGCGGCUAUGACUCUAUGGGGCUGGUGGCCGAUCUCACCUGGGAGGAGCUGCAGGAGAUAGGUGUCAACAAGCUGGGGCACCAGAAGAAGCUUAUGCUGGGUGUGAAGCGGUUGGCAGAGCUUCGGCGGAGCCUGCUACAAGGAGAGGCCCUAGGCGAAGGCGGGUGCCGGCUGGCCAGGGGUCCAGAGCUGAUGGCCAUUGAGGGGCUGGAGAAUGGGGAGGGUCCAGCCGUGGCUGGCCCACGCCUCCUCACCUUUCAGGGUAGUGAGCUGAGCCCAGAGCUACAGGCAGCAAUGGCAGGGGGUGGCCCUGAACCGCUUCCCCUGCCCCCUGCCCGUUCCCCCAGCCAGGAGAGCAUUGGAGCACGCUCACGGGGAUCUGGUCACUCACAAGAACAGCCUGCCCCCCAGCCCAGUGGUGGAGAGCCCAUCACUCCACAGGAGAGGAACCUUCCAGAGGGCACAGAGCGCCCUUCCAAGCUUUGCUCCCCACUUUCUGGCCAAGGACCUGCCCCUUAUGUUUUUAUGUGCCCCCAGGGCUCACCCUCCAGCCCAGCCCCAGGGCCACCUCCUGGUGCACCCCGGGCCUUCUCCUACUUGGCUGGCCCUCUUGCCACUCCCCCAGACCCACCUCGGCCCAAACGCCGGUCCCACAGCCUGAGCCGCCCUGGCCCUGCUGAAGGAGAAGCUGAAGGGGAGGCUGAAGGGCCAAUGGGCAGUGCCUUGGGCAGUUAUGCUACCCUCACUCGGCGACCAGGACGCAGUGCCCUUGCUCGGACCAGUCCUAGCCCAACCCCAACUCGAGGGACCUCCCGCAGCCAGUCCUUUGCCCUCCGGGCCCGUCGUAAGGGCCCCCCUCCGCCACCCCCCAAGCGCCUCAGCUCAGUUUCUGGCCCUACAGAGCCACUGCCACUAGAUGGGAGCCCAGGGCCCAAGGAGGGGGCAACAGGGCCCCGAAGGAGAACACUGAGUGAACCAAGUGGGCCCUUAGAGCCCCCUGGCCCACCCACCCCAGCUGGCCCAGCAUCUGACACAGAAGAGGAGGAUCCUGUCUCUGAGGGAACACCCCCAUCUCGGGGCAGCUCAGGGGAAGGGCUGCCAUUUGCAGAGGAGGGGAACCUGACUAUCAAGCAGCGGCCGAAACCAGCUGGCCCCCCACCCCGGGAGACCCCCGUGCCCCUGGGCCUCGACUUCAACCUCACAGAGUCAGACACUGUCAAGCGGAGGCCCAAAUGCAGGGAGAGAGAGCCACUACAGACAGCACUGUUGGCCUUUGGGAUGGCAGGUGCCACCCCUAGCUCCUCUGCACCCCUGCCUUCCCAAGCCCCCAGCGAGGCCUCCUCUUCAGCCUCCUCCAGCCCUUUGCGGCCUGAACCCAGCAGCCUUGCAAAUCAAGGAUCUCUAGCCCCUCUUACCCCUGCAACACAGUCCCCAGUGCCCUGUGCUGGCCCAAGUCUGGAACACUCAGCAAGCAGGCAAAAUGUGGAGACCGAACACCUGGCUGCCCCCACUGCCCUCCUCAAGGUGCCUGGAGCAGGUAGAAAGCAAUGCCUGUGGGAAGGAGGUACUGUGUGCUGGGUUGUGUCCAGCCCAGCCAAGUCACAAGCCAACCUUUUUGUCUCUACAGGAACAGGCCCCAAGCCUGUGUCUGUGGCCUGCACUCAGCUGGCAUUUUCUGGCCCAAAGCUGGCUCCCCGGCUUGGCCCCCGGCCAGUGCCCCCUCCAAGGCCUGAGAACACUGGGGCUAUGGGCCCAGGUAGGGCCCAGCAGAGACUGGAGCAGACCAGCUCAUCCCUGGCAGCUGCACUGAGGGCAGCCGAGAAGAGCAUUGGCGCUGAGGAACAAGAGGGCCCCUCUGGGACCUCCACCAAGCACAUUCUGGACGACAUCAGCACCAUGUUUGAUGCCCUGGCUGACCAGCUGGAUGCCAUGCUGGAUUGAACAAGACUGGCCUGUGGCCCUCU